AUGGUAACUUUACUUCAACGAUGGUCACUUAUCAUCCUUUCUAAUAUUGGAAAGUUAUAUCAAGCUGAUUUUCGUGCAUUAGCUAGUAGUUAUUUUCAAUUACUUGCUGCAUUUUGCCUUCAUGCUGAAAGAUUAGUCCGUGAUGCACUCGAUGAUUUUGAUUCAGAAACUCUUAUCACUCCGUCUGUUUUUUUUUCACAGGACUAUCUCAAUAGUUACAUUCAAGAGAAAAGUAAAUUUCUGAAAUUAACAACAGAAAAUAAUCUUCUUCAGCUGCUUCAGCUAGUGCUCACGACUACCCAUGCUAAUGCAUUACAAACAGCAAUACAGACAUCAACAAUAACAAAUGUAAUAGGCACCACCAUCAUAUAUGCAUAUACAGUAAAACUUCCCAUAUAUGGGCACUCUUCGGACUUUCCUAAAUCGCCCAUUUAA